GAGUGAGUGAGAGAAAGAGGAGAGAGAAAAGGAGAACCAGGGCAGCAGCUGCUGCAGCCUGACAAGAAGGAACAGGGAAAAUAAAUGGCACAUGAAUUAGCAUUUUCUUCCCUGCAAGAGAGCAAGAGUUGCACAUUCGUCGUCUCCUCCAUGCUUUUGCUCUUCUCUCAUCCAGCCCUAAUGGCUCUCCGGUAGAGGAAGACGCUUGGGGGUUGAAUAAAAGUCAGGCAGAGCAAGGAGACGUCUAGGGAAGAUCCAAGCAUGGCUGCCAAGAGGGGCAAGUCCAGCGUGCCACAGAGCGUGCCACGGAGCGAGCUGAAGGUGUACCGCGUGGGCAGCACAGAGGGACGCAUCCCAGUGCCAUCCAGCCUUCGGAAACAGAGGUCCCUGACCAACCUGGCUGUGCUGACGGAUGCUGAGAAGAAGAUGCAACUCUAUGAGCCCAAAUGGUGCGACGAUAUGAGCAAAGCUGCCUCAGGACACCUGAAGAUGGGAAAUCCCAAACCAGCGGCCGGCGGAGGGGCAGGUGGUUCACAACUUUCUCGCAACUUGUCCAAAUCAGACCACUCCCUCUUCCAGGGCAAGCCAAAGACGUUCACCCCGCUUGCAGCACCUGGUGCUUUGGGAAAAGGCCAAAGUCGGAUCCCUCGAGGCCCUUACGUGGAAGUAAAACCCUUGAGCAAGAUGUCCGAUGAAUGCAAGUCCGACGACGAUAUCCUGUCCAGCAAAGCCAAAGCGAGUGGGAAAAAGCCAGUAGCUGGCAGCUCCGGAGACCCGGAGGCUAAAGGUCAAGGUGAGGAAGCUGGCGAUAAACCCUUCCUCAAGGUGGACCCGGAGCUUGUGGUCACUGUUCUUGGUGACCUGGAGCAGUUGCUCUUCAGUCAGAUACUCGAUCCUGAGUCUCAAAGGAAACGUACAGUUCAGAAUGUCCUGGACCUCAGACAGAACCUGGAGGAAACCAUGUCCAGUCUGCGGGGGACUCAGCUCAGCCAGAGUUGUCUGGACAGCAGCGUCUGCUACGACAGCGAUGAAGCCAACGCUCGUAGCAUCUCCAGCCUCUCCAACCGCUCCUCUCCUCUCUCCUGGCGCCAUGGACAGUCCAGUCCUCGUCUGCAAGCCGGCGAUGCUCCUUCCUCAACAGGCAGCAGCUAUGUGUCGGGCAGCAAGGCCUCGUCUCAGUACACCUCUCACACCAUGCCUGCCCGCUGCUCCAGCCGCCUCAGCCACACGUCACGCAGCGACUUCAUCGAAGGCCUGGACCCCGGAGACAGAGACCUCAAGUCUGGUUACCUGAGUGAUUCUGAUGUACUCUGCAAAAGCCUUAAUGACGACGACGAUGACGACAAUCUGGCCAAUGGUUGGGACGAGAGCAGCUCCAUCAGCAGCGGUUUGAGUGAUGCUUCUGAUAACCUGAGCUCAGAGGAGUUCAACGCCAGCUCGUCUCUCAGCUCCCUCCCCACCACACCUGUGGGCUCGCGACGAAACUCCUCCGCUAUGUUGCGGACAGAUGCAGAGAAGCGCUCUCUGGUGGAGAGUGGACUGGCGUGGUACAGCGAGGACAGUAAGUCUUUACGGAAGGUCGAUGGAGUUUAUGACACAGGAAGCUUAAAAUCUGAGCCUUCAGGCAAGUGGAGGAAAACUCGUCUGCCGGAUGGUUCUGCGCAGGACAAGAUGGGGAAAGGAGAACUGAAGAAACCUCAGAGUCUUGGACAACCUGGGAGCUACAAAAAGGGCCGCAAUCGUCCUGUGGGCGUCACCUCUCCCAUCACACACACUUCACAAAGUGUGCUAAAAGUUGCAGUCCCUAAAGGAGACACUAAGGCAGUCGAUAAGGUGAAAAUGUCCGUAAAGGCAAUGGGUCUCCAGCGUUCCCGCUCCGAUGCCGGCCGGGACAACGAGCACCGCAAGCCUCCCUCAGGUCUUCUCAAACCCUCUGCUGGAGGCUCCUUCGGUUACAAGAAACCGCCAACCACCGGACCGGCCACUUUCCUGACAGCAGGAGGCGCUACCAUCACGAGCGGCUCGGCCACUCUGGGCAAAACCCCUAGGUCCUCUGGCAUCCCCAUCAAACCUGUCCCAGGCGGAGGAGGGCGCAAAAACAGCUUGGACGCCAGCGGCUCCGAACAGGGGUUCCUUGCACCCAACGCUCGGGGGAGCAUUCAGUAUCGCAGUCUGCCACGACCUGCCAAAUCCAGCACUAUGAGCUUGACCACUCGCCCUGUCAGCGGCAGCAUCGACACCAGUCUCCUCACCCUCAAACCCAUACCUCCUCUGUCCAGCACCAUGCCCAGCAGAGGGAAAGACGGAGGCAGCUUGAAAGCGGCUAGUCGCCCGAGCACCACGGGACCCGUCAACCAAACGGACCGAGAGAAGGAGAAGGAGAGGGCCAAGGCCAAAGCUGACCUGGAGAUCAGCUGUCUGAAAGCUGAGAACCCGACUGACAGCUGUGCAGAGACUGUGGAGAAGAUCCACCGAGUGAGGAGGACCAGCACCAGUAAAUACCCAGAACUGAGCUCUCCGACCAGCACGCCAAGGUUGUUGAGCAGUAAGUCUCUAGUUCAUCCUCCCAGUCUGCCUCACCUAGACAAGCUCAACUCCAACAGUCUGGACUCCUGUAUCACCAUCCAUGACCUUCCUCCAAAGAUCCCUCCCUACUCCAAGCUGCAGGACCUGGCGGGCUCCCGCGUGUCCCCUCGACUCACCCCGAGUCCCGCGCCGGUGCUCCACAUCGACUCUCCCAGCUGUUUCUCAGGCCAGACGCUGUCGGUCAGCAGCUCCCCCAUCCUCUACCCCAAGAUGUCCGGCCUGCACCGCAGCAUGGAGUCACUGCCGCUUCACAUGAGCGUCCCCAUCAAACCUGAUCUGGGAGACCGGGACGAAACCAGGAAUACUGGGACAUGGGGCGCAAGCAGUCGGACGUCCAUCACUUUGGGCGACAGUUUACAAACUAAUAGGAACACCUUUCCCAAGAAAGGAUUAAGUCCCUAUGGCAGCGGCCAAUCAGAUGGUGAAGUUAUGGAGCGCCGUCAUUCCCACACGAUCACGAGCAUGACGGAUUCGGAGAGCCCACCACAGCUGCCCUCGCCGACACACGUGACACAGACCUUCCUGGGAAAAACACCGCCGACCAACAUCGUGCCACCAAUCCCGAGUUCAGGCUCCGGUUCCCAGAUCACACGCUCCAACAGCAUCCCGGCGAAUGACAUGGGAUACGAGCUGUACGGCACGUCUCCUCUGGACAUCUCUCUGUCAAAGAGCAUGAUGAGAUCUGGAUCCUUCAGAGAGCCGAGUGAGGACGUUCAUGGAUCUGUGCUGUCUCUGGCCUCAAAUGCUUCAUCCAACUACUCAUCGACUGAAGAGAGAAUGCAAGGAGAGCAAAUCCGGCUUCUGAGGCGUGAGCUGGAGACGUCUCAGGAUAAAGUGACCAGUCUGACCAACCAACUCUCAGCAAAUGCUAACCUGGUGGCAGCGUUUGAGCAGAGUCUGGCCCUCAUGACGGCGCGACUGCAGAAUCUGUCAGUCACUUCUGAGCAGAAGGAUUCUGAGCUGGUGGACCUAAAAGAAACCAUAGAAGUCCUAAAGUCCAAGAACACAGAAGCCCAGUCCAUCAUUCAAGUGGCCCUCAAUGUCCCCGACACCACACCCAAAGAGUUGCAGAUCGACCGUCAGAACUCAUCAGAGAGCAUCUCCAGUCUGAACAGCAUCACCAGUCACUCCAGCGCCGGCAGCCUGAAGGAACAAGAGGCCAAGAAGAAGAAGAAGAAGAGCUGGUUGAGGAGCUCCUUCAACAAGGCCUUCAGUAAAAAGGGUUCCAAAGCCCCAUACGCAGAUAUAGAGGAGAUCGCAACCCCGGUCGCAUCCACCCCAUCUUCACCCAAAAUCCACCAUAAUGUGGAUAAUGCCUCCUCUAAGGCCUCGACUUCAACAUCAGGAUCGUGCGAGGGCAAUGAGGACACUGAGCACGAAGAGAAAGUGGUGUCAGAGUUACGCUCAGAAUUAUGGGAGAAAGAGCGCAAGCUGACGGACAUCCGCUUGGAGGCGCUAAGCUCCGCCCAUCAGCUGGAGCAGCUGCAGGAGGCCAUGACCAACAUGCAGAUGACGGUGGAAAACCUGAAGGCGGAGAAUGACCAGCUGAAGACGGUCGGCCCCUCCUCCAGACCUCCAAGCUCCGCCUCCCAGUCCUCAGGGCUCGGUUCAUUGGGAAUCUCAUCACCACGGCAAUCGGUGUCAUCUUUUGGCAAAGGGCAAAAUGAGCUUUACCCAGAUGUCUUUCAUAGCCCCACCACAACUCUGCAGAAGGACGAAAGUCUAGUCAGAGUGUUGGUUCGCAUACCAAAUCAGCACCUAUUUAAAGACGAGGUGAAACAGCUGGAGUUUUUCAUAGGCACAGUUAAAAUCUGCGGACGGACAGACUGGUUUGCUCUGGACUCUGCAGUUAUCCAGGCUUUUAAAGAGUAUUUAUCGGUGGUGGACCCCGGCUCCAGCCUGGCUCUGUCUCAGGACUCCAUCUACAGCUACAGCCUGAGCCAUCUGAAGAGGGUUCUGGGAGCGCAGCCGCCCGAGACGCCUCCUGUGCGUCUCUCUAAAGGCUCCUCCUGCAUCAGCGUGACUCUGAAAGGACUGAAGGAGAAGUGUGUGGACGUUCUGGUGUUUGAGACGCUCAUCCCCAAGCCCAUGAUGCAGCAUUACAUCAGUCUGCUGCUCAAGCACCGGCGCUUGAUCUUAUCGGGCCCCAGCGGCACAGGGAAGACCUACCUCACCGGCCGGCUCGCCGAGUACCUGGUGGAGCGCAGCGCUCGAGAGGCUACACCCGCCAUCACCACCACCUUCAACAUGCACCGCCAGUCCUGCAAGGACCUUCAGCUCUAUCUGGCCAAUCUGGCCAAUCAGAUCGAUCGGGAGAGCAGCACAGCUGAGAUCCCAUUGGUUAUCAUCUUGGAUGAUGUGCAUGACGCAGCAUCCCUCAGUGAACUUGUUAAUGGUGCUUUAACCUGUAAAUAUCAUAAAUGUCCAUAUAUAAUAGGGACAACCAACCAGCCAGUGAAGAUGACCCCUAACCAUGGCCUACACCUCAGCUUCAGGAUGGUGAUGUUUUCCAAUAACGUCGAGCCAGCAAACGGGUUCCUGGUACGUUACUUGCACAGAAAACUAAUGGAGGCGGAGGAUCCCAGGAGCCUGAAGAAUGAAGAUCUGCUGCGGGUGCUGGACUGGGUGCCCAGACUCUGGUACCACCUCCACACCUUCCUGGAGAAACACUGCACCUCGGAUUUCCUCAUUGGUCCCUGCUUCUUCCUGUCCUGUCCAGUUACAGUAGAGGAAUUCCGCACGUGGUUUAUCGAUCUCUGGAAUCACUCAAUCAUCCCAUACCUGCAGGAAGGAGCCAAAGAUGGCAUUAAGGUUCACGGGCAGAAGUCGGUGUGGGAGGAUCCGGUGGAGUGGGUCAGAGGGUCUCUGCCCUGGCCGUCUGCUCAGCAAGACCAGGCCAAACUCUUCCACCUGCCUCCCCCGAGCACGGGCCCCGGCAGCCCCAGCCAGCCAGGAGACGAUCGGCCACAUAAAGAGACGCCACCCAGCUCCGUCGAGUCAGAUCCACUGAUGGCUAUGCUGUUAAAACUACAAGAGGCUGCCAAUUACAUUGAAUCUCCGGAGAAAGAAACAGAUCCGAAAAUCCCUCCUCUCUGAACAUCCGACUGACGUUCCCAUCAUCUCAUGUGGAGGUCCAGACUGCAACAGCCGCCUCACACCUGCAGAUGACACUGUACUGUUACUAUAAAUGCCAUUAGUCCAUUUCACCCUCUCAUUUAUUAUAUUAUCCAUCCCACCUUUUUCAUUUCAGUCAAAUGUCCCUUACAGUAAAGUACUGUGGUGGUACCGUGGUUCAGUGAUUCUAUCAGAAGGUAAUACCGUGGUGCUUUCUCAUACGGGGAGUUGACUUACUCUGCAGUAUGACAUGCUAAACAAACAUUUUAAACAGCAUUUAGCUUUUUUUAAGUUAUUAUGCAUGCAGCAUGCAUAACAAUGAAAUCGGAAUGGAGUAUUUACACUAUAUGGAAUAUGUGUUCUAAAAUCAGAACAGGACCUUUAAAAUGAUCUAGUGAUUGCAAACUAGUGGUUAAAUAGGUAGAAAAACUUCAGAAAGAAACGGAGACCCAUAACAGCACCUAAAUCUACACUUUUCCAUAUACAUUUAUUUAAUGCAAAAUAGUUGAAAUAUUGGUGGUGAUCCAUAAAACUAUCCAUAUAGCAUGGUGCUGGGUAAAUAAUAUGGUAUUAUAAUGUUAAAUACCACCAAAGCAGGUUUAUCCAUGGUGAUUUUUUGUUUUUACCAUAGUACUUUUAUGUAAGGGCUCGCAAAAACCAUAUUUUGUCAUGAAACAUAACUCAUUACCCAAAAAAAUAAAGAAUGAUGAAAAUUAUAAAACUGCAUUUUUCCGUUUAUGGACACUUUAGUACGUAUGUUAUUCUCUAUGUGGGAACCUGUACUGUUCCACUGCUGCCCGUAUUAACAGCUCAACAAUGCAGGUGCUAAAAUCACUAGUGUGCACACUUGACUUUGUCUCGUGGCCAUGAAUAAGAGCCAACAAAGGAGGUAUUGAGAAAUAUGUCUCGCUUAAUAAUGUAACACUUAAACCUAUGCUACAGGCCACUUUAGCCUAUGCUGCUUUUUGUACGUUUCAUUUCUUUCACGUUUGAACAUGGCCACAGCAUGAGCUAAUUUAACCCCGGAAACCUUUUCUUCCUCUUUCUAACACAGUGAAUGCCUUUUAACAGAUUCUAAGUGUGCUAUCUUGUUCCCUCCUCACUCUGCAGGGGGCAGAGUUGAGCAAAGUUAAGAAAUGAAUGCACCUUUCAAUUUCUGAGUGUGAAUAUAAAUUCGAUUGGCAACAAACAGGAUGUUGGAUUGGAUUUUAAUUUCAAAUGAAAGUGAGAGGAAUUUACUGAAUUGCAGUUCAGUCAUGCAGUCUUUGAAUUUCAUUCCAUUUCAAUUCUAAUUCCUUAAACUUCAAUUGAAAGUAUGACCUGUUUCAAAAGGUGCUUGACCCUGAUAAGGGGAAGUGUUCUCAAAACUGAAGCUUGUCAUGUGUUCCCUCAAAAGUUCCCACAGUUCACAAAAGCACCUCAGUAACAGGCGGACCAAACAGACUAUUUUUGUUCUCUUUGAUUUACUGUAAUGAUACUGUAGAGACGUUUCGCUUGACUUUGACACUGAUCUCAGCUCAGGGGUUUGGUUAUCUCAGGCCUCUAAUUAGAUUCAAUACAGCUAUUUUCUCAGUUACUGCUCUCUUUGUAGCAAAUGGUGCAAAUGUAGAAAAACCAAAUACUCAGUGGUAUUUCUUUGAAGAGAAGUUCACCCCAAUAAAGUACACACGGAAGUGAAGGACGAAGAUCAUAUUUGAUUAUUUGGUGCUAUCCAGUAUCACUAUUGGAAAACAUGACUUGGUUUAGCAAAAAUCUCACUUGACAUCCAAUAGCCUUAGUCUUGUGGCAUUUAAGGGCAUCUUUAGGUACAACCAAGUGAUCAUUUUAU